AUGUGGUUCUCCAAAUCUGGCCACCAGGAACCCCAGCCGCCGUAUUCGAAUAACAGUCAUAUUGACACAUCCUCAAAGAAAGAAGAAGAUGUAUGGGGACAUCAUCCAGCGGAAGAAGUCGAUACAGCGUCUUUCUCCGACUUCACGGAGCACGAGGAAAGACCGUUGGCGCUCAAGAGAGGCCUCAAAGAUCGCCAUAUUUCGCUCAUUGCCUUGGCCGGGAUCAUUGGACCCGGGAUUUUGGUUGGUGCUGCCAAGCCAACCGGAGAGGGCCCAGCGUCGUUGAUCAUUGGGUUUGGUGUGAUUGGCCUUAUUGCUUUCUCCAUGGUGCAGAGUCUAGGUGAGCUAGCUACGCUAUAUCCGUCUGGGUGUGUUUUCAGCACUUUGGGCAACAAGUUUGUCGAUAGGGCCAUUGGUGGCACUGUGGGGUGGAACUAUGUGAUUAUCUGGGUGGCGGUGCUUGCCAACGAGUACAAUAUGGUGGCCAAUAUUUUCGUUGGCUGGGGACCACAGAUCCCGCUAUACGGGUACAUUUUGAUCUUCUGGGCGGCGUUUUUGGCGUUUCAAUUUCUCGGGGUUGCUACUUUUGGCGAAGCCGAGUUCUGGCUCGCCUUGACCAAGAUUGUGGGCAUUUUUGCCUUCUACCUCUUCUCCAUUGUCUACGUUUCCGGUGGUAUCAAGGGAACCUCUGCGUUUGGUUUUCAUUACUGGAACGAUCCAGGUCCUCUUGCUAACGGGUUUAAGUCUGUGGUGUCGACAUUUGUGUUCGCUUCCACCUUUUAUUCCGGGACGGAGUCGGUGGCCAUUGCUGCUUCCGAAACCAGAAAUCCUUCGAAAGCCAUCCCAAACGCUAUCAGGCAAACGUUUGUUCGUAUCAUCAUUGUGUAUAUGGGAAUCGCCCUAUUUUACGGUAUGACUGUGCCUUACAAUGACCCAGGUUUGAAUGACGGCUCGACCCUCAAGUCUCCGAUGACCAUUGCCAUCCGUAACGCUGGCUGGAAUGGCGGCAGGCACUUGAUCAACGCAUUCAUCAUUGUCACCUGUAUUUCUGCCAUCAACAGUUCCAUCUACAUUGGCUCCAGAACCAUUGUUCACUUGGCCAACGAGGGCUCUGCGCCCAAAUUCUUGAGCAGGGUGAACCGCAUGGGUGUGCCUUACUUUGCUGUCAUCUUGAUGAACGCCUUUGGUCUUAUAUCUUUGAUGAAUGUUUCUACUGGCGCUGCCCAGGCUUACCAGUACAUUGUGAACAUUUCCGGUGUGGCCGUGUUCAUUUGCUGGGGAUCUGUAAACCUCUACCAUUUACGUUUUAGAAGAGCCUGGCGUCUUGGAGGCCGUUCUGUGGAGAGCCUUCCUUACAAGGGCUGGUGGUACCCAUACCUCCCGAUUGCGGGUCUCUUUCUCAAUGUUUUCUUGUUGCUUAUUCAGGGCUGGUCGACAUUCAAGCCAUUUUCAGCCAAGGAUUUUGUGGACGCGUACGUUUUGAUCCCCUUCUUUUUCGUUCUUGCCUUAUGGUUGAAGUUCUGGAACAAGACCAAGUGGGUGAACUUGCGAGAAGUGGACCUUGACGAGGGCCGCAGAAAGGAUCUAGAUUGA